CUCUGCCCCCGCCCCUCCGGCACCGCUAGGCCGCGGCUCGGGGAGGGGCGGCGGGGCUGGCGGCCUCACCCCGCCGCGCUCUCGGUGCGCGAUGGGCUCUUCCCUCGCGACCGAAGCGAUGGCGGCGUUCGAUGCCUCCGGUGCAGCGUUGAAGCGGCCGGCCCGUUACAAUAAAGCUGUGCUCCUUACCGGUUGUUUCAUCUCACGAGAAUGUCGAUGAAGGCCUCGUGCUGCUGCAUUUGCUGUACGUGGGAGCGGUGCAGCUGUCAGCCUCCGAGCUGCUCUGCUUGCUGAUGCUGAAGAGUGUGGGAUUUUGACUGUUCAAAAUGAAUGAGCAUCCUAAGAAGAGGAAACGGAAGACACAGCACCCUUCUCGAUAUUCAGAUUCUUCAGGUGCACCUAAAUACAUAGACAAUAGUGGGAUUUUUUCUGACCACUGCUACAGUGUUUGUUCUAUGAAACAACCAGACAUAAAGUAUUCUGAAAACAGAGGUAGAUACCACAGUCCGGUGCAGAGCAUAGACACAGAUGAUGAUGGGAGUCCAGUGCAUGCUGGGACUUCUCAGUGGAGUGGGUCACAUUCAAAUGUAGGGUUGCACUAUACAGACCCUAAAAAGAGGGAUAAAGAUAAAGCUGCUAAUAAUGGAAUGUGCAAAGACAUAUGUGACUCACCUAUAUUCAGUGACAGCCCUACAGAAGAAGAAAAACCUCUUGAUAUUCAAACUGUAGAAAUUUCUACAACAGAAGUUAAUGCUGUAGAAGUCCAUGAUAUAGAAACACAAACUGUAUCACCUGAGAAGCUAGAAGCUGAGGACCUAGAGGAGAUCCCUCUUGAAACCUGUAAAAUCUUUGAGAAGAACCAGGCUUUGAAUAUCACAGCUCAGCAGAAAUGGCCUUUGCUGAGAGCCAACAGCAGCGGCCUGUACAAAUGUGAGCUCUGUGAGUUCAACAGCAAGUACUUCUCUGAUUUAAAACAGCACAUGAUCCUGAAGCAUAAGACGUGUGCGGACACUCAUGUCUGUAAAGUUUGUAAAGAAAGUUUCUCCAGCAAAGUGCAGCUCAUUGAACAUGUGAAACUGCAUGAGGAGGACCCAUACAUCUGUAAAUACUGUGAUUACAAAACGGUGAUAUUUGAGAAUCUGAGUCAGCACAUAGCAGACACUCACUUCAAUGACCACCUCUAUUGGUGCGAGCAGUGUGAUAUGCAGUUCUCCUCCAGCAGCGAGCUGUACCUGCACUUCCAGGAACACAGCUGUGACGAGCAGUAUUUGUGUCAAUUCUGUGAGCAUGAAACAAAUGAUCCAGAAGAUCUGCACAGCCACGUGGUAAAUGAACACGCGUGCCGACUGAUAGAGCUCAGUGACAGCUAUCAUAACAAGGAGCGUGGACAGUACAGCCUCAUAAACAAAAUCAGUUUUGACAAAUGCAAAAACUUCUUUGUAUGCCAAGUGUGUGGCUUUAGGAGCAGGCUGCAUACAAAUGUCAACAGGCACGUAGCUAUUGAACACACCAAAAUAUUCCCUCAUGUUUGUGAUGACUGUGGAAAGGGUUUUUCAGGUAUGUUGGAGUAUUGCAAGCAUUUAAGCUCUCAUUUAUCUGAAGGGAUUUAUUUGUGUCAGUACUGUGAAUAUUCAACAGGACAGAUUGAAGACCUUAAAACCCAUUUGGAUUUCAGGCAUUCAACAGACUUGCCACAUAAAUGUACUGAUUGCUUAAUGAGAUUUGGAAAUGAAAAAGAUCUUCUAAGUCAUCUUCAGAUACAUGAGACAGCUUGAUUAUUUUCUUUCCCUGCAAUAAGCUUGUUAGGAUUGGAAUUAAAAACACAAUAUUAAAUACAGUUUUAACAGCA